AGCAGCGAGAGCAGGUACUCGUCUAACUGUGGUUACCGAUUUAGUUUCAUAAGACGAAACUUUUGCAUGUUACAGAAAAGGAACACGACUUUAGACUGGUUCGUGUUCAGGUAUCAAGACAAAAAGGCAAAUAUUUCCCCCAUAACAAUGGAAGGUUUUAACAGUUAUUAUCACAAGGGAUACAAGACAUAUGACAAUGACAGUUCAAGCGGCAGUGAUUAUUCUAGCAGGACAAAGAGACGUGGAGUUCAGCUUAACAAUUUCAACAACAACGUUUUUCUUGAGAAUGGCAAGCCGAAGGCAAAGCAUGUACCAAACACGAUGCAAUUAAAACCAAAUUGUAAGGUGGAAUCCCGAAAAAUACGUGAAAUUAUUUCGGAGGUUUUACGUCGCAAUCUAUGGGAAGAGUCGUACGACGCGGAUCGCUGUAAUCUCGUAGCAAUGAUGACCAGCGAGCAAAUUAAAUCUGCCGUGAAGUUACUCGAUAUGCCUCGAUAUAAGAUUGUAUGCGUGGUGACCGUGGGCUCCAAAUCAGGUCAACAUUUUCUACAAGCGAGUCGAUGUUUAUCGAACACUGAAUACGAUGCGAUCAUUUCGGAGUCUUUUGACAAUGGCAGUGUUUUUGCCGUAGGAGUUGUUUAUGCUUUUUAUCAGGAAUAAUGCUAGUAUCCAACAUUUCAUUCCGUGCAUUCGUACACCAUAAUCACUAAUACAGUUUAUAGCUUAAGUUAGGAAAAGUACCUUUGCAGUGAGCCAAAGGCAUUUAUUACCACCCGUUACUUAAUUUUAUGGCAAUUUUUCACCUGGAGCUUCGGAGAAAGCAAUAAUUAAUAUUCCAUGACAUUUGCACGCUUAUUGUUCGCUAAAUCCUACAAUCUCACGUUUUGCUACAAACACGUUGCUUUUCAAAAAUACUCCUGAUAAAUAUAUUCAUAGCAAAUUUUUAGACAUUUUUACAGACAUGGUUACAUACAUUUUUGCACCUUAAAAAUGCUACAGAUGUAUUACGGGAUAUAAUAAAAAUAGAAAAUAGAUGCUAUUGUUAUUAUCAAUGAACAAUGAAUAUCAUUACCUGAACUUUUCCUCGCAGACUCCUCCGUGAUUGAGUUUGUACAAAAUAUAGCGAAAUCAAAGUCACAAGACUGAAAAAAGUUUAAAAAUUUAUAACCAAUAUUAAUUAUACUGCCUGUCAUGUACCAGGUUAUAGCACAACGAAAUCUUAAAGAGAAAAUAUAGUCGCUUAUCAGCAUCCAUAUUUGUAAAUAGUUUGCAAACAAAUGCGAAGAUAUAAUGGAGUUAAAUUUUACAAGUUAUA